GACCUGCUUGGCCCAUGCGGAGCAUCGACCGUUUGGGCAAUAUCGCCAUUGCACUCCAUGGAGGCCCGUUGCAACUACCAUGGUUAAUCAAUAUGAAGCCUCUCUACCGAGCGCUGAGGAACCGGUUCCCACACUGUGAUCCUGAUCCCCGCUUCCCCACGAUCUUUGCCUGACGCCGGUCAUAUAACUAACCACUAACUCCGCCGGGAAGUCUUCCUCUGGCUCAUCGAUUUCGAUGUAGGUCUUUGUGGUUAUGGAUGCCCUCCCAGACUGUGCUCUAACGUGCCUGGUCGACGCGAUAAGCAACUCAACCUGCUCGUUGGGCAAUUUCGCCUGUAUCUGCGCCGAUGCGCAAUUAAAUGCAGCCCUCCAGCCGUGUAUCGCGGGGAGCUGCUCCAUUAAAGAAUCCCUCACCGCGCAGAACUUCUCAUAUUCAACAUGCAACUACCCCGUGACGGAAGAUACGACGACCUUUCCCACGGUCAAUAUAGUCGGCAUCAUCGUUGCGAUUAUCUCAGUCAUCCUGCGCGUAACGAAUCGCAUCCUUGCGUGGCAGAUAGGCUGGGAUGAUUAUACAAUUAUCAGUGCAUUAUUAGUCGCUGCUGCAAUCGCCGGUGUUGGAUUUCCACUCCGCACAUAUGGCCUAGGGAAGAACAUCUGGACAGUCCCCUUCGACCACGUAAACGAAACCAUGAAGCUCUUCUUCAUCGAAGAAGUCCUCUACGUCUUCGCCAUUGUGGCAAUCAAAUGCUCCAUGCUCCUCCUCUACCUCCGCCUAUUCCCAAACAGACCAGUACGACUAGCCAUAUACGUAUGGCUGGCUAUAACAGCAGCCUGGGGAAUCGGGAGUUUCUUCACGCAGCUGUUCUCGUGCAAACCGAUAAAGUAUUACUGGACGCAAUGGGACGGCGAGCAUGUGGGGAAAUGUAUUGACCAUAAUUCGCUACUCCUGGCUCAUGCUGUUAUUAAUAUUGUCCUUGAUGUGGUGGUUAUUGCGCUGCCUAUGCCCGUGCUGUUAAAAUUGCAGAUGUCCAUGGAGAAGCGGAUAGGCAUGUGUCUUAUGUUUGCUGUGGGUAUUGUGGUCACGGUAAUAAGCAUAUUCCGUCUGGUCGAAGCAGUCGGCUUCAACAGCACAACAAACCCAACACGAGACUUCGUCCCCGUCGGAAUCUGGUCGCUACUCGAAAUCGACAUCGGAAUCAUGUGCUCGUGCAUGCCCGGGAUCCGCGCCUUGAUUAAACGCUUGUAUAACAUAUUCUUCCACAAACCAACAGGUUAUACAUACGGGUCUGGCAGCUCGCGACGGAAGCCUAGCGGUGGAUCGAGUUCCCGCGAACAGGCCCAGAUCUCGCCCAAAUCGAAUCAUUCAAAUAUUGAGGGUGGAGGGGGACAGUUCAUUCGUCUUGAGGAGGUUGAGGCUAGUGAUCUUGAACGGGAUGGGGAUGGUGGGUGGCCGUUACGAGAGGGUCCGCCGGUUCCCAGGAAGGAUUCUUUUGAGCAUCGAGGGAGUCCUAGGAAGCUUGCAGUCCCAGAGCCGGGGUGGCACUCGCAGCACCCGUCGAGUCCAGGGCCAACGAGGCUAUGGCCGCCGCCCUUUAUACCGCAAAGUAGAGAAGGGAGUCUGUUUUCGCUUAAGCCUAGUCCGUCCAGGGCGAAUUCGGCGCAUUUUACAUGGUUCCGGGAUGGGGAUUCUUCAUAGUCGGUAGCUAUAAUGAUUAUCUUUCAAACCAGCGGAGCUUGUGUAGUAUUUUGCAUCU